UGUUAAAUAAUAAAUUUUUUAUAAAUUAAGAAAAAAACACACACAAAAAAAAAAAAACUAUAAAAAGAGUAAUGUAAAUUUGAGUUGAACAUGGAAUCCUAUCAGCAACAGUCGUGUCAUCAAUCUUAUGGUGGAAUGGACAGACCACUUUUUGGAGAAUCUAACAAAAAAGACAAAUACUGCAACUAUGUUUUGGGUGCUGCAACAAUUAUUGCUGUACUUGCAACAGUAAUUAGUGCUUUUGUUCACUUGGUAGCCCUUAAUAUUGUAUUUUCUGGAGCAAUUGUUAUGAAUUGUAUAUCAAAUAUAUUUCUUAUAUAUUGGUAUCGUCAAGGUGAUCUCGAUCCAAAGUUUAGAAAUUUAAUAUAUUACAAUUCUCUUGUUACUCUGCUUCUUUGUGUAAUUGCAUUUGUGACUUUUUUCAAAAAAUAAUGACUUUUUUUAACGGGAAGCCUUAGGUGAUGUCUAAUUAUUGUUGUAUAGAACAAUUGCAAUUAAUUACUAUCUUUUCAUUCACAAUGUGUGCUUUUGUUUAUGUAAAAGUUUGGCAAGUAAAAGAGGAAAAAGAAAGUUAAAUUUUUAAAUAAUCUUUUUUAUUCAAUUUUCAGAUGUUGAAAUUAGCUAAAAUUUUUAUUGGCUUUGCAAGUAUAUGUGUGUAUGUGUAUUUUGCAGAAUAAAUUUUUGUACAAUAUUGUAGUU